AUGGAGGCACUCAAUACUCUCCAAGUCGCUGGCGGCGUGAUCCAGUUCCUGGAUUUUGGGAGUAAGCUGCUCUCUAAUUCCAGAAAGCUGUAUCGAUCCGCAGAUGGUGUCUUAUCCGAGAAUGUCGACUUGGAGGUAGUCACCACCGACCUUGCCACCAUCCUUCUGAGCUUGGAGCGAAAUCUGCCUGAUAACCGCGCGAUAAAGGCGGACAAAUCGGAGGACGAGAAAGCCUUGGAUGAGCUUUGCAUUCGAUGCGUUGCGAUUGCACAGGAAUUGAUUGCGCAGCUCGACAAGCUAAAAAUUGUCCCAGGCAAGGAAGAGUUAAAAACGUCCGAGGAUGAUAAGGUUAGCAGAGGCAACCUUCGGGACUCUGAGCCUCAAAAAGAGCUGUGGAGGGAGAACUGGAACUCCAUGCUGAAACCCAGUGUAACGAGGAAUUCCAAGAUCUUCAGGAAAUGGAGUGCUUUUCGGAAAGCAUUGGAGGCGAUUUGGAGGAAAGAGGAAAUUGAAGCAAUGGCCACGACACUUCGGGAGUUUAGAUCCGAAAUUGAAUUCCGUAUCCUGGUAAUGUUUCGAGCAACAAUAAGCCAGCUCGUUGUCCAGCAAUCACAGUUCUCUCGGCAACUGACCGAAUCAACCCGGGCUAUCCUUGAUAGCUUCAUAUAUAGCCGGGAUGACCUUGCAACACAACUCCGCAGUCAGGUGGAGAAGCUGGUUUUCUCUGAGAUCUCGAAACGUGAUAUCAGGGCAAGACUACCGGAAGAUCAGACACGACAUUUAAAGGGAGAGCUGAAGCUUGCUGGAACAUUCCAAUAUCCCAAGGGGGCGAGAAGAGAUGAAGAAAGCAUAGAGGAGCUUCCAGCCCGUGCAUACGAGGUCGAAGAGAGCAUCCGACUGCUCAUGAUCGAAAAUGGUGUCCUAAGCAGUCUGAGCUUCGAUUCGAUCCAUGACCGUAAGGAUAGUGUGGACGUGCCUUUCCAGAACACUUUCAAGUGGAUAUUCGACGAACCUGGAUCGAUUGAAAGGCCGUGGAGCAACUUCAUGACCUGGCUGCGGCAAGACGCUGGGAUCUACUGGAUUAACGGAAAGGCCGCUUCUGGAAAGUCGACCUUGAUGCGAUAUCUCCAGGACAAUGAACAGAUACGGAAAGGGUUGAACGAGUGGGCCGGAUCUAUGCCUCUGGACAUCUGUCACUUUUUCUUCUGGAACAUUGGCGAUGAGUACCAAAAGUCCCAGAAGGGAUUGCUGCGAUCACUUCUCCAUGAUAUUCUACAACAGCAUCGAGAUUUAAUUCCUGCCAUUAUGCCUGAAGCUUGGGAGGCCUGGUCCUCGCGAGCUGAUCACCUCAUAUCAAAUAGCGGCUCAGUUCGCAAUCCGAUGUUACACCCUGACCCGAAGCCGUGGGGUAUGACACAGUUGAAGGGUUUCUUUCGAACCCUACUCCGAACGUUGGAGAGUAGGGUCAAGCUCUGUUUAUUUAUUGACGGGUUGGACGAGUACGACGGAGACCAUUACGAAAUCGCCGAGAUGUUUGAAGAAAUCGCUCAAUCUUCUAACAUCAAGCUCUGUUUGUCUAGCAGGCCGCUCUUAGCCUUCGAGCAAGCCUUCGAGGGGCAGCCCAGCCUAAAGCUACAAGAUCUCACAGCGAGAGAUAUAAGUCACUACGUCAAAGAAAACUUGUAUCGCCAUAAACACCUGAUGGCCCUUUCAAAGGAAAACCCAGCUAAAGUGUCUGAUCUGGUGAGCGAUGUUGUUGAAAAAGCACGUGGCGUCUUUCUAUGGGUUAAGUUGGUAGUUAGGUCAUUAUUGCGUGGUCUAUCAGACUACAACCGCAUCUCAGACCUCCAAAGACGGGUUGAAUACUUGCCCGGUGACCUGGAGUCCUUAUACGCCCAUAUGCUACAGAUGACAGAUCCAUUCUACCACGAACAAGCUUCGAAGAUCUUUCAAAUAUAUCGAGCCGCUCAGCAGCAGUGCCCGAGUCAGUUGACACUGUUGAGUUUAUCAUGGGCAGACGACGAGGACGAAGAUUUGGCGGAGAAGGCCCCGAUCCGUCCACUCCCUCAUAAUAGGAUUGCAAAUCGAUGUAAAGCGAUGGAUGCUCGCCUAAAGAGUGUAUGCGCCGGCCUUCUUGAGUCGAUCGACAUCAGGUUUUCAGACAUCGCUCCUGACGCGAAGGUACUGUUUUUACACCGAACAGUCUCAGAUUGGAUAACGCAGCCCAAGGUCUGGAGCGGUAUAACUUCUCAUACGGAAGGGAAGUCGUUUAGUCCCAAUAUUGCCAUGCUCAAGUCCUGCGUUUUGCAACUCAAAAGCGCCAGCACAGACCCCUCCUUUCCACUUGACAUGGGGCUCAUCACUGGUGCUCUAAGAUUUGCGGUUGAGGCCGAAAAGGAUCUGAAUAGCGGAUUUCCAAGGCUAUUGGAUCAAUUGGACAUUGCAGCUUCUUACCAUUGGCGAGUUGGAAAACAUUUCUUCACCAGUGAGCCAGAGCCAGCCUUGUUCAAUUUCAAGGCAGGUUGGCCAAGUACCUUCUAUGAUCUCGCCGUUUCCAUCGGCUUAUCCCACUAUGCAAGGAUGAAAUUCGAGUCUGGCAACAUCGUGGACCAGGAUGUAGAGCAGCACAUGCUCCUACACUUGAUUACCUCCCGCACUGACCGAGAUCCCGCUGUCAUAAGACGCAUUUUGGAAAACGGCACAGAUCCGAAUUUAUCGUAUGAUGGAUCCAGCCCUUGGGAACAAGUGCUCCUGUCCGCCGCAGCGCAUUUCAACCGCACGCCAUGCGGCCACACCCGGUGCAAAGAUCAUCCGCCCGACUUGAAAUGGAAAGAAACUUCCAGAAAUUGGUCUGUGAUCAUCCAGGACUUUCUUCAUCACGGAGCAGACCCCGAAUUUGUUACUCGGAACCAUAGUUCCUUACAAGGACACCCAAGAGUCUCAGCAACCAUUCUUGUUGAAAAGCACUUUCCGGAAUUUCUGGUAGUAGAAAAGAACAGCAUCAAGUCUCUCUUGAUUCAAAAAGGAAUCAGUUUUGACCCGAAUAUUGGAUCAGCGAACCUGGAUAAUCAACCUGUGAUGCACGACGGAAUGGGUGACGUUGAUGAACCCACCGGAAGCAACGAACGGGAAGAUGGUGGGAUAGGGGUGAGGAGACAUAGAUCACCUGGUCAACUAAAACCCACGUCGACAGUGCGAUGGAUACUCUCCUGGGUGGUACGCUAUUGA